UAUAAUCCAUGCAUGACUGGAGACACAAGUUAUCUGCAUCGGCUCUCUGGCGAGGUGAUUAUCCCAAAGAGUCCCAGAGGGAGGGGAAGGAGGACACACUGUGUGGAGCAGUGCUAAAGGGAUAAAUCAUCACAAGCAGAGAGGACAACAGACUAAAGAACAAGAUCAGCAUAAGGGAGAACUUGAAGAAGAGAGGAUGAUGGUUUUUCUACAAGUCAGAUUAAGGAUGGACAAGUGACAAGUAGCCAGGACACUUCUUCCAACACAAACUACUUUGGUUUACCGGGAUUUUUCCAUAAUUUACUUGUUGUUUACCUCUUUGAACUGGCACAGCCUAACUGUUGCCCUGGACCUGUUGAGGAAAACCCACAGGCGGGAGAGAGCCGCGAGGAGGAGACAGGCCUCUGGCAGGUCGAGCAGGAAGCUUGAGCUCAGGCUCCGCGGGGUGAUGAGGACUGCCAGACGUGCCAGCAAUGUGGAGGUGCCCUCCUUCCUCCGCCAGCUGGUCAAAGAGACGGAGAAGAUGGUGACUUUCUUCUUCAAAGGUGGAUCUAGAGAAGCGGGGUCUCCCGAUGAGGAUAAUUUAGAUGAAGAAGACGCAUUACCGAGCCCCUAUCUGGAGCGCCCCAUCCUGGAGAAGCACACGUCAGAAGGAGGCAAUGAUUUAGGACUAAACUAUGCUGUGGCGAGCAUGCAGGGCUGGAGGGCUCAGAUGGAGGAUGCACACACCUGCAUGUCCCAGCUGAGAGGAGAUCUGGAGGAUUGGGCCUACUUUGCCGUAUUUGAUGGACAUGCAGGCAUCACUGUUGCACAGUAUUGCUCCAAAAACCUGCUGGAUCACAUCCUGGCCACAGGUGGGAUCAAAGCAAAUGAGGACCCUGAGCAGGUGAAAGAGGGGAUCCGGGAAGGCUUUCUUAAAAUUGAUAGUCACAUGCACAAACUGUCUCGUGAGGACAGCUGGGAACGGAGCGGCACCACGGCAGCAGGCGUCUUGAUUUCCCCCCGUCACAUUUACUUUAUAAACUGCGGGGACUCGCGCACCCUGCUGUGCCAUGACGGGCAGGUGGUCUUCUACACAGAGGACCACAAACCAUUCAACCCCAGAGAAAAGGAGAGGAUCCAGAACGCUGGAGGCUCCGUCACCCUGCAAAGAAUAAACGGCUCGCUGGCCGUUUCCAGAGCUCUUGGGGACUUUGACUUCAAGGAGGCGGACUGGAGGCCACAGACGGAGCAGCUGGUCUCUCCUGAGCCAGAGGUGUACAAGCUGGAGAGGACCCCAGAAGAUGAGUUCCUGAUCUUGGCCUGCGAUGGUGUGUGGGAUGCCAUUGGGAAUGAGGAGCUCUGCGCCUUCGUCCGCAACCGCAUGCAGGUGUGCGACGACCUGAGAGACAUUUGUGCACAGGUCAUUGACCUUUGCCUGUAUAAGGGCAGUUUGGAUAACAUCAGCAUCAUCAUUGUGUGCUUCCCUGGCGCCCCCCAGGUGUCACAGGAGGCACUGCAGCAGGAGGCAGAGUUGGAGCACCAGAUUGAUGUAAAAGUGGAAGAAAUAAUCCAGAUGAUGAGGUCCAAAGAGGAAGACCCAGACCUCUUGUAUGUGAUCAAAUUCCUGGCAGCAGAAGAGAUGCCAGGACUCCCACCAGGAGGGGGAAUCACCAGCAAACGAGACUGCAUCAUCUCCUCAUAUCAGAAACAUGUAAUGGGCCUUAGGACUCAAGAGCCUAUGGACAUUGGGGGAUCAGAGGAAGACUCCAGCUAAAACUGCAACCAUGGAAACCGCUUCAUCAUCGCCAUGAAGACUAAGAUGCUUAAAGAAGAAGUGUUACAUUAGAAACAGAUCAAGAGGGAAUUCAUUGAUUUAAAAUAUGGUAUAAGAUGUGUGCGUAUUAAAUAAUUAAGAUGUGGUUUGCAUUAAACAAUCAAGGUGUUGUUUUGCCUUUGUAAAACUAAAUGUUCAUCUGUUCAGCAUGUUAAAUAUGUGUCCAAAAAUCUCAGGAGUUUGAAUCCAUUGUAGCUGAGACAUUUUAAAUAAUUAUGUCGCAAGUUCAACUUUGUGCUGGAAAGAGCAAAGCAAACAUACUUUAUGAGUGCCAGAAGCUUUGUCUUAGUAGUGAAUGUCUUUUCAUAUCAGAAAUAGAAUAAUACCUCCUCCCACUCCUUAUUAUCAGUGUUGCCCCACCUAGUCAGCCUUUAUGUGUAAUGUUUUCCUUUUAAAUGCACCAGCGACAUAUCUGCAAAAAUGAUCAGCAUACUGGUUCCCUAUCAUGCAAAACCGGCUUUAGCACUGACAAAGAUCCUGCUCUGCUUCUGAUCCCUCUUGAGGCAGAACACAGGUGCAGGACACAGGAAAAUAAAUGAGAAAUGAGUAAAUUACAACUAAAACCUUAAAGGAUGCGACACGCAAUUUAUUUUUAAAGGAAACAUAUUAAAAUCCAUUUUGAUGAUGUACAA